AUGAGCGGUUUCGUGCUUUCCAGUCUGGUGAAGAAGCCCCAAAAGAAAGCGAGGAAACCUAAGCCUUCCACGCAGUCUCCGUCUGAAGAGCUGAGCAAGCGCGUCUCUGUCAAGAUAGAAGCCUCCGACAUCAAAGGCGCCAUUCGUGUUGCCUCCUCAGAUGAGGAAAUGGUGGAUCCUAGUGACCCUGCUGUUGUGGACGAGCUGAGGAAAAAACAUCCCCCGCGUUCCAAUGCUGUCUCCUCCAUUCCAGUCCCUUCUUCAGAGUCUCCGGUUGUUUGCCGCGUCUCCAGUGUCUCCGAAGCCAUUCAGCUUUUUCCUUCUGGUUCUGCUGCUGGGCCUGAUCGAGUGACUCCGCGGAUUCUUAAAGACCUGAUCAGUCAACGUGGAGAAGCCUCACAGCCCUUCUUGAGUAGUCUCACGUCUUUUAUCAACAUCGUUCUGGUAGGAAAAGUCCCGGUUCUCAUUCGCCCGUUUGUGUUUGGAGCUAAUCUGUUCGUCCUGAGCAAGAAGACUGGAGGAGUUCGACCCAUUGCUGUGGAAAACGUCUUCCGCAGAUUGGCCUCCAAAUGUGGUGGACGCGCCUACUCAACUGCUAGAAAAGAGUCAUACGGCGCCCGUCAACUAGGCUAUGGCACGCCUCGAGGAGCAGAGGCUUCAGUUCAUGCCACGCGAAUGUACAUACAUGACAAUACUGAAAGUAGCGGCAAGGUCAUUCUCAAAAUAGAUGUCAAGAAUGCGUUCAAUUCCAUCUCGCGGAACAAGUUUUUAUCUCUGAUCCUUGAGCGUUAUCCAGGUCUUUAUCCUUAUACGCACGCAGCUUAUGACUCCGCAUCACAUCUUUUCAUCGGUGAUUCCGCUUUGUCUUCAGACGAAGGUGGUCAGCAAGGCGACCCUGAGGCACCGCCAAUUUUCUGUGAUACUGUGAACGAAAUCACCCACAAAGUAGAAUCAGAGUUAAACCUGUGGUAUCUAGACGAUGGAAACUUAGGCGGAGAUUACGCCAUCGUCCUGCGCGACUUCCGCAUGAUCAUCUCCGAAAAUGCCAAGUUAGGUCUCGAGGUCCGUCCCGACAAGUGCGAGCUGUAUUUUUUAGGCAACUCAUCGGAGACACAAAAGUCGCUCAUCUUGUCAGAGUUCAACAAGAUCUCCCCGUUGAUGAAAACUACGGGCAUCGACAACUUGAUAAUCCUGGGGGCUCCUGUAGGGAAUCUUGCCAUCUCCAAUGUUCUCAGUGACAAGAUAGCUGAUUUGGAGCGCAUGUGUUUGCGUCUGAUAAACAUCGAGGCUCAUCAUGCUUUCUUUCUUUUGAAGAGUUCGUUUUCUAUCCCGAAGUUGUUAUAUAUCCUUCGCUCCUCUCCGUGUUUCAAUUUCCCUGAACUCUUAGCUAAAUUCGACGACAUCCUCUACCUCAGCCUCGAGAGCAUCUGCAACAUAAGACUUGAUACUGACGCCCGCAAGCAAGCGUCCCUUCCCGCAGCUUUAGGUGGUCUCGGAUUAGGAUCUGCGUCUGUUCUUGCCGUAUGCGGGUAUCUCUCGUCUGUUGCCAGUUCUUCACGCCUCUGUUCCGAAAUCCUCAAUAUGCCUUUCUCAGACCCAUUGUAUGAAGGAGCCUUGUCACAAUGGUAUGAGCUCUCUGGCUCCACCACUAUAAUAAUAAUAAUAAUAAACUAG